AUGGGGAACAGAGCAACGAAACUAAACGAAGACGAUUUGAAGGAGCUUGAGAAAUCUACUUACUUUGACAGGAACGAGCUGCAGAAAUGGUUCAAGGACUUCAAGCGAGACUGCCCAGAUGGUAAACUGAAAAUGGACGAGUUCCAGGGAAUCUAUCAGAGAUUCUUCCCUCAUGGAAACCCUGACAAGUUUGCCACUUAUAUCUUCAAUGCCUUUGAUUCCAACAAGGAUGGCGUUAUUUCAUUCCGAGAAUUUAUUCGUGCACUGUCAGUCACUUCCAGGGGAACUUUAGAUGAGAAACUGGCAUGGGCCUUCAGCUUGUAUGAUCGGGACAAUGACGGACAGAUCUCAAGGACCGAGAUGGAGGAGAUCGUGGAG